AUGAAGAUGCGUCGCAGACACGAGGUUCUGACGGAGUUUCGGGAUAUGGGGAUAGCAACUGGUCCGCCAGUGGGUCUCCUUCAGGACAGCGUCAAGGUUAUCAUCAACAAGGCCAAGUUGGCGGUCCAUAUGAUGGCCACGCCUAUCGAACGACAGGGCCAGAAGACGUGUACCCGCCAGGACAGCACGAUCGUAGACACUAUCCCCAACGCCCACAGCCUCCACGACACUAUCAACAGCAGCAACAACAUCGUCACCAAACACCGUCGCACCACCAUCCACAAGGGCCACGACCACCACCUCCACCAAUUCGCCUUGUUCCUGGAGACAUUCUCCGAACUCCAAUUCCCUGUCCAACCACUAGACCGGUUCAAGGUCAAGUGUGCGCCUUUUCGACAGCCCACCGAGAUCGGGAGCUUUUCUUAUGACGAGAAACGGAAUUUUGUCAUGGACGAUUCGCAAUUGAAAUAUUACUUCCCACCGGAUUUGACAAAGCCCAACAACUUGUCGGUGAACUAUGACAAGUAUAUCACGCGGGACUUGAUGGUGGACGAACAUAUGGACGCGUUGCUGGAUGCUCUUAUCUGCAUCCGGGAUCGCGAACAACAAGAACAAGAACAACAAGAACAAGACGACAAGAGGCAGGAGCAACCGCAGCAGACCGCAAGUAUGACACAGGCAGAUUUCAUAUGUUACAGAGGUCUUCUCACAAAGAUCAUGUGCACGCCCUAUACCAGGAACGAGCCUUGGGAGAUGGGCGCCACACUCUACAACGGAUCUAUAUACAUAGAAGAACACGUUUCGACAGAGCGCCGAGAGAAUGCCGCAGGAUCGAACGAUCGACACAAGUUGAUGUCCUAUUGGGGGUACCGAUUCGAGACCAUCUGUAAUAUCUCUAAACCUGUCUCGGAACUGCGAAGGAUCAGAACCAAGACCAAGAAACGUGGCGCAUCGCUGUCGUCUUUAACUGAUAGUGUUCCUCUCAGUAAAGUCACCAGGCUCGGUCAGCAGGAGGAAGGACGACAGCCUGAAGGUGAUGUUGUUGGCCUGUCGUCAGAUACACAGGGGCGCGUCGAGGACCAGGCUGGGGAUAGUGAUGGGAAAGACGGCGUGAAAGAGAAAAAGGAGGAGGAGGAGGAGGAGGAGGAGGAGGAGGAGGUAGAUGAACUGACGGCAGGGAUGACGUAUCAGAUCGACUUGGAAGAUCCAGAACUGACAGGUCGUUUGGACGGGAUAGUCGACACCAAUCUGCAGUAUUGUACCGUGGCCCGGACGAAGAUCGGCAAGAACAGUAUCAUCAUGGGCGCAGAAGUCGACUGUACCUCAGUAGAGCCCAAGAAAGCACCGCCUCACAACCCACUCUCAAACUACAUCGAACUCAAGACCUCACGCGUAAUCUCGAGUGCCCGAGAACAAAACAACUUUGAACGGCACAAGCUGCUAAAGUUCUGGGCACAGUCGUUCCUUCCAGGAAUUCCAACCAUCAUUGUGGGCUUCCGAGACGACGACGGCAAUGUGGUCACGGUCGAGACCUUCAAGACCAUGGAAAUCCCGAGGCUCGUGCGUGGGAAAGAUGGCGCAUGGGACACGACGAUAUGUAUCAAUUUUUUGGACGCCGUCCUCAACUUCCUCCGCAAACAGAUCAAAGUCGACGACCCUGAAGUUUCGUACACAAUCCGGUGGGCGCCCCCUUACAAGGCCAUCGAAGUCGAGUGUAUGGGCAAGGGUCCCUCAUUCCUUACAGAACGCUUCCUGAAUAGCAAGAAUAAACUCUGA